AUGACUGACACCCUCUCCAAACCAAACGGCACCGUCUCCUCCAGUGCAAUUAGAGCAGAUGACGAUAAGGACAAGAAACAAAUCGAACUCCAUCCCUCCUUCACCCCCACCCUUCUCGAACGCCUCGGCAUUACCUCCUUCCACCUCCUCAACAAGCUAAUCCCAUGGUACAAACUCCCCGGUUUCAUCGGCGCCUUCAACCUCGCCUUCUUGCGCAUCGAGCUCCAACAAUACAACCUGCACGACGCCUACAGCACUCCCACAGCUCAAGGCUCAUCCAUCACCGACCCCUUGGACAACAGGCGCUACCUGGGCGCUCGGAACUCCGAUGGAAAGUUUAAUGACUUGAAGCAGCCAAAGAUGGGCUGCACGGCAUGA